AUGGGGCGCCGGCCAGCGAGAUGUUAUCGCUAUUGUAAAAAUAAACCGUACCCAAAAUCGCGGUUUUGCCGUGGUGUACCGGACCCCAAGAUCCGUAUUUUCGACUUGGGUAAAAAGAGGGCUGCUGUGGACGACUUUCCACUGUGUGUGCAUUUGGUCUCUGAUGAGUACGAACAGCUGAGUUCGGAAGCUCUUGAAGCCGGCCGUAUUUGCUGCAACAAAUACCUCGUCAAGAACUGUGGCAAGGAUCAGUUCCAUAUUCGCAUGAGAUUGCAUCCAUUCCAUGUUAUCCGCAUCAACAAAAUGUUAUCGUGUGCUGGGGCUGAUAGGCUCCAGACUGGAAUGCGCGGCGCUUUCGGUAAGCCGCAAGGCACGGUAGCACGCGUGCGCAUCGGACAGCCCAUCAUGUCCGUGCGCUCCAGUGACCGUUGGAAGGCGCAGGUCAUCGAGGCUCUACGUCGUGCCAAGUUCAAGUUCCCUGGUCGCCAGAAGAUCUACGUGUCGAAGAGAUGGGGCUUCACGAAGUACGACCGCGAUGAGUACGAGAAGCUGCGCGACGACGGCCGCUUCGCCAACGACGGCUGCAACGUUAAGUACCGCCCCGAGCACGGGCCCCUCGACGCCUGGAGGAAGGUGCAAGUCGAAAUACACAACAUCUAA